UCCACGCUCAGAAGCGCUUAGAGCGCUCAAGUUAGUAGAUCGGAAAAGGGGAGGGAGCAGUACUUGGUCUAUGUAGGCAGGAACUGAACGUAAAAUACUCAGCUCCAAAGGCAGCCGGCAACAAAGGCACCUGGAAUAUUGCCUUCGGAGCCUUUCCGGUCACCGUUGGCGGCCGGACCGGAGUCGAGGUGACAUUUUACAGGCUGUUCCUGCUCACAAAGCGGCGUGCCGAGGAAGGACGCGUCUCUUUGAAUAGACAGGAUGCACGGACCGCCCUCCGGUGACAGCGCAUGCCCAUUGCGCACGAUCAAGAGAGUUCAGUUCGGCGUCAUCAGCCCCGAUGAACUUAAACGGAUGUCCGUUACUGAAGGGGGUAUUAAGUACCCCGAGACCACAGAGGGAGGACGUCCUAAACUUGGCGGCCUUAUGGAUCCAAGACAAGGGGUGAUAGAGCGCAGUGGGAGAUGUCAGACGUGUGCAGGCAACAUGACUGAAUGUCCGGGCCACUUCGGACACAUAGAACUGGCAAAGCCGGUCUUCCACGUCGGCUUCAUGACGAAGAUAAUGAAGAUCAUGCGCUGCGUCUGCUUCUUUUGCUCCAAACUGUUGGUGGAUUCGAACAAUCCGAAGAUCAAGGAAAUCCUUGUGAAAUCCAAAGGCCAGCCGAGGAAGCGCUUGACCCACGUGUACGAGCUGUGCAAGGGCAAAAACAUCUGCGAGGGCGGGGAAGAAAUGGACAACAAGUUUGGAAUGGAGCCGCAGGAGCAAGAGGAGGACAUCACCAAGGAGAAGGGCCACGGCGGCUGCGGGCGCUACCAGCCGCGCAUCAGGCGCUCGGGCCUGGAGCUGUACGCCGAGUGGAAGCACGUCAACGAGGACUCCCAGGAGAAGAAGAUUCUGCUGAGUCCAGAGCGCGUUCACGAGAUCUUCAAGCGCAUCUCCGACGAGGAGGACAUCAUCCUGGGCAUGGACCCCAAGUUUGCCCGGCCGGAGUGGAUGAUCGUGACCGUGCUGCCCGUGCCUCCGCUGGCCGUGAGGCCCGCCGUCGUCAUGCAGGGCUCCGCCCGCAACCAGGAUGAUCUGACCCACAAACUGGCGGACAUCGUGAAGAUCAACAACCAGCUGAGACGGAACGAGCAGAGCGGCGCGGCGGCUCACGUCAUCGCCGAGGACGUGAAGCUGCUUCAGUUCCACGUGGCCACGAUGGUCGACAACGAGCUGCCAGGCCUGCCGAGGGCGAUGCAAAAGUCUGGCCGCCCUCUCAAAUCCAUAAAGCAGCGUCUAAAGGGAAAAGAGGGGCGAGUGAGGGGUAACCUGAUGGGCAAACGCGUGGACUUCUCAGCCCGGACCGUCAUCACCCCAGACCCCAACCUACAGAUCGACCAAGUGGGCGUCCCGCGGUCCAUCGCGGCCAACAUGACUUUCCCAGAGAUCGUCACUCCCUUUAAUAUUGACAGGUUGCAAGAGCUGGUGCGACGAGGCAACAGCCAGUACCCUGGAGCCAAGUACAUCAUCCGGGACAACGGCGACAGGAUCGACCUGCGGUUCCACCCUAAACCAAGUGACCUUCAUCUGCAAAUCGGCUACAAGGUGGAGAGACACAUGUGCGACGGCGACAUCGUCAUCUUCAACCGGCAGCCCACACUACAUAAGAUGUCUAUGAUGGGGCACAGAGUUCGGAUUCUGCCCUGGUCCACGUUCCGACUCAACCUCAGUGUCACCACGCCCUACAACGCCGACUUUGACGGGGACGAGAUGAACCUGCACCUCCCUCAGUCGCUGGAGACCAGGGCGGAGAUCCAGGAGCUGGCCAUGGUGCCGCGUAUGAUCGUCACGCCGCAGUCCAACCGGCCCGUCAUGGGCAUCGUGCAGGACACGCUCACGGCCGUCCGCAAGUUCACUAAGCGAGACGUCUUCCUGGAGAGGGGCGAAGUGAUGAACCUCCUCAUGUUCCUGUCCACCUGGGACGGGAAGAUGCCCCAGCCGGCCAUCCUCAAGCCCCGUCCUCUGUGGACGGGCAAGCAGAUCUUCAGCCUCAUCAUUCCAGGACACAUCAACGUGAUCCGCACCCACAGCACGCACCCGGACGACGAGGACAGCGGGCCUUACAAGCACAUCUCGCCCGGCGACACCAAGGUCAUAGUGGAGAACGGGGAGCUGAUCAUGGGCAUCCUGUGUAAGAAGUCUCUGGGGACCUCGGCGGGCUCCCUGGUCCACAUCUCCUACCUGGAGAUGGGCCACGACAUCACCAGGCUCUUCUACUCCAACAUUCAGACGGUGGUCAACAACUGGCUGCUCAUCGAGGGUCACUCCAUCGGUAUUGGCGACUCCAUUGCUGACGCUAAGACGUAUCUUGACAUCCAGAACACCAUCAAGAAGGCCAAGCAGGAUGUGAUAGAGGUUAUUGAGAAAGCUCACAACAACGAGCUGGAGCCGACACCCGGUAACACGCUGAGGCAGACCUUUGAGAACCAGGUGAACCGCAUCCUGAACGACGCUCGAGACAAAACGGGAUCCUCCGCCCAGAAGUCUCUGUCCGAGUACAACAACUUCAAGUCCAUGGUGGUGGCUGGCUCCAAGGGCUCCAAGAUCAACAUCUCACAGGUUAUCGCUGUGGUGGGCCAGCAGAACGUGGAGGGAAAGCGAAUCCCCUUCGGCUUCAAGCACCGCACGCUGCCUCACUUCAUCAAGGACGACUACGGUCCCGAGAGCAGAGGCUUCGUGGAGAACUCCUACCUGGCCGGGCUGACGCCCACCGAGUUCUUCUUCCACGCCAUGGGAGGCAGAGAGGGUCUGAUCGACACGGCCGUCAAGACGGCCGAGACGGGUUACAUUCAGCGUCGUCUGAUCAAAUCCAUGGAGUCUGUGAUGGUGAAGUACGACGCCACGGUGCGAAACUCCAUCAACCAGGUGGUGCAGCUGCGCUACGGCGAGGACGGCCUGGCGGGGGAGAACGUCGAGUUCCAGAACCUCGCCACGCUGAAGCCCUCCAACAAGGCCUUCGAGAAGAAGUUUCGGUUCGACUGCACCAACGAGCGGGCGCUGAGACGGGUGCUGCAGGAGGACGUGGUGAAAGACGUGCUGACGAACGCAAACGUGCAGAGCGUCCUGGAGAGGGAGUUUGAGAAGAUGAGGGAGGACAGGGAGAUUCUGCGGGCCAUUUUCCCCACUGGGGACAGCAAGGUGGUGCUGCCGUGCAACUUGGCCAGAAUGAUCUGGAACGCCCAGAAGAUCUUCCGAAUCAACACUCGAACCCCGACAGAUCUAAAUCCUCUGCGAGUGGUCGAAGGCGUUCAGGAGCUGAGCAAGAAGCUGGUUAUCGUGAACGGCGACGACCCCCUCAGCAGACAGGCCCAGGAGAACGCCACGCUGCUCUUCAACAUCCACCUGCGCUCCACGCUCUGCUCCAGACGCAUGACCGAGGAGUUCCGGCUCUCCACCGAGGCCUACGACUGGCUGCUGGGAGAGAUCGAGACCAAGUUCAACCAGUCCAUCGCCCAUCCUGGGGAAAUGGUCGGCGCCCUAGCUGCUCAGUCGCUGGGAGAGCCGGCCACGCAGAUGACCCUGAACACCUUCCACUACGCCGGCGUGUCGGCCAAGAACGUCACGCUCGGCGUGCCUCGUCUGAAGGAGUUGAUCAACAUCUCCAAGAGGCCCAAGACGCCCUCGCUGACGGUCUUCCUGCUGGGCCAGGCGGCGCGGGACGCAGAGAGGGCCAAAGACAUCCUGUGUCGACUGGAGCAUACGACGCUGAGGAAGGUGACGGCCAACACCGCCAUCUACUACGACCCCAACCCGCAGAACACGGUGGUGGCCGAGGAUCAGGAGUGGGUGAACGUCUACUACGAGAUGCCGGACUUCGACGUGAGCCGCAUUUCCCCGUGGCUGCUGCGCAUCGAGCUCGACCGGAAGCACAUGACCGACCGCAAACUGACCAUGGAGCAGAUCGCUGAGAAGAUCAAUGCAGGUUUUGGAGACGACCUCAACUGCAUCUUCAACGACGACAACGCUGAAAAGCUGGUGCUGCGAAUCCGGAUAAUGAACAGCGACGAGAACAAGUUCCAGGAGGACGAGGAGGUGGUGGACAAGAUGGACGACGACGUGUUCCUGAGGUGCAUCGAGUCCAACAUGCUGACGGACAUGACCCUGCAGGGCAUCGAGCAGAUCAGCAAGGUGUACAUGCAUCUGCCCCAGACCGACAACAAGAAGAAGAUCAUCAUCACGGAGGACGGAGAGUUCAAGGCCCUGCAGGAGUGGAUCCUGGAGACGGACGGCGUGAGCCUCAUGAGGGUGCUCAGCGAGAAGGACGUGGACCCCGUCAGGACCACCUCCAACGACAUCGUGGAGAUCUUCACGGUCUUGGGUAUCGAAGCUGUCCGAAAAGCUCUGGAGAGGGAGUUGUACCACGUCAUCUCCUUCGACGGUUCCUACGUCAACUACCGCCACUUGGCUCUGCUUUGCGACACCAUGACCUGCCGCGGUCACCUGAUGGCCAUCACGCGUCACGGCAUCAACCGUCAGGACACGGGACCUCUCAUGAAGUGUUCCUUUGAGGAGACGGUGGACGUGCUGAUGGAGGCGUCGUCUCACGGCGAGUGCGACCCGAUGAAGGGCGUGUCGGAGAACAUCAUGUUAGGCCAGCUCGCUCCAGCUGGGACCGGCUGCUUCGACCUGCUGCUGGAUGCUGAGAAGUGCAAGUACGGCAUGGAGAUCCCCACAAACAUACCUGGCAUCAGCGUGGCAGGACCCACGGGGAUGUUCUUUGGCUCGGUGCCGAGUCCCAUGAGCGGGAUGUCUCCGGCCAUGACGCCGUGGAACACAGGAGCCACGCCGGCCUACGGAGCAUGGUCUCCCAGUGUUGGGAGCGGCAUGACCCCUGGAGCAGCAGGUUUCUCUCCCAGUGCAGCAUCAGACGCAAGUGGCUUCUCUCCAGGCUACUCCCCAGCCUGGUCUCCCACACCGGGGUCACCCGGGUCUCCAGGACCCGUCAGUCCGUACAUCCCGUCUCCAGGUGGAGCAAUGUCACCAAAUUACUCCCCCACCUCCCCCGCCUACGAGCCUCGAUCACCGGGUGGCUACACCCCGCAGAGUCCAGGCUACUCCCCAACAUCGCCCUCCUACUCGCCCACCUCGCCCUCUUACUCCCCCACCAGCCCCAACUACAGCCCGACGUCUCCGUCUUACUCCCCCACUUCGCCCAGUUACUCUCCGACGUCUCCCUCGUACUCUCCGACGUCUCCCUCGUACUCUCCGACGUCUCCCUCGUACUCCCCGACGUCUCCCUCCUACUCCCCCACCUCCCCCUCGUACUCCCCGACGUCUCCUUCGUACUCCCCAACCUCUCCGAGCUACAGCCCGACGUCACCGAGCUACAGCCCGACGUCGCCCAGCUACUCGCCAACCUCGCCCUCUUACUCCCCCACGUCUCCAUCCUACUCCCCCACCUCCCCCUCCUACUCUCCCACCUCACCUUCUUACUCCCCAACCUCUCCGAGCUACAGCCCCACGUCGCCGAACUACACCCCGACGUCCCCCAGUUACUCUCCUACCUCACCGUCAUACUCCCCGACGUCCCCCUCUUACUCUCCUACUUCCCCCAACUACACGCCCACCAGUCCAAACUACUCCCCCACUUCUCCCUCCUACUCCCCCACGUCUCCAUCUUACUCUCCCUCCAGUCCACGUUACACCCCGCAGUCACCCACCUACACACCCAGCUCCCCGUCGUACAGCCCCAGCUCCCCAUCAUACUCCCCGACCUCCCCAAAAUACACCCCCACCUCCCCCUCGUACAGCCCCAGCUCCCCGGAGUACACCCCCACCUCCCCGAAGUACUCCCCCACGUCGCCGAAGUACUCGCCUACAUCGCCGAAGUACUCUCCCACGUCUCCUACCUAUUCCCCGACAACUCCGAAAUACAGCCCCACCUCCCCCACCUACUCCCCCACUUCCCCCACCUACACCCCCACCAGCCCCAAGUACUCCCCCACCUCCCCCACGUACUCCCCGACCUCACCCAAGUACUCGCCCACGUCUCCCACUUACUCGCCUACCAGCCCCAAAGGCUCCACCUACUCCCCCACCUCCCCCGGCUACAGCCCCACCUCCCCCACCUAUAGCCCGGCCAUCAGCCCCGACGACAGCGACGAGGAGAACAACUGAGCUGCGGAGGACGUGGGGGGGCCGCUGAAGGGCAGCGGCUUUUUAAUCGGCUGGAGAAGGUCGCAGAGCCUUUAACGUUCCUACCAAUGCACCUGUGAAUCCAGCGGGGAGUCGCUACCCCCCCCCUCCCCCAACGAUGUUAGAAACUGUUUGUGAAAGACUUGAGCUGCUUUACCAGAUGGAGGGGGGAGAAUGUUGCCUUUUUGAAGUAGUUUCUUUGAUUUCAAGACGGGGUGUAGAAGAAAAACUGAUGAUGCCCCCCCCCCCUGAGGGAAUGAGAAGGGGAGGAAGAUGUGAACAUUUAAGUCUCUUUUUAUCUUUGGUGUCCUUCAUCCGGUCUCUCUCUCUCUCGCUCUAAAACUGCUGGUUGUGUAGUUGACGGUGUACAUGUUGCCAAAAGCCUGAGAAGUGAAGAUUGUAUUGACCAUCAAACCAUUGAACCAUACGGACGUCACAACCACUGCUUCUCGUUAAGCCUUUAGGGGAAACUUUUUGGGGGGUUUUAAGCGAAAACGUUUGUAUCAUCAGCAUAAACGGGACACUUUACGAUAAGAGAGAGAAACUGGUUUGCAGAGAACGGACAUUAAAGUCUGAACUUACAUAAAUGUAUGUACCCAUCACCCUCAUCUUCCUCCUUAACACCCCGAAAACCUGAAAGAUGUCACAAAGCCACCCACCAGCAUCCUUUUGUCUACCAUUUUAGAGACUUGUACAUCAAAAGCAGGCAAAAAAAAAAAGCAAAACACUUUUCCAGAUGCUAAUCUUCCCUAGAAACUGGGAAUUUCGGAUAAGAAAUUGUAAAAAUAAAAUUUCUUACUCUGAUUUUUGAUUUUGAUUCUAUGAUGAAACAGCUCAGAAUAGAUGAGGGAUGAUAGUUUUGGUCUCGCUGCUUUUGUCGUUUGUUUUCAGAAGUAGUGCACGCCUGUCUAUACAUUUUCUUUUUUUUUUAAAUCCCUCAUGUUUUGCUAAUUUUUUGUCCCAAUUUCUAAUAGCUGAAGUGUACCUGCGUUCUAUUCAAUUUAUUUAUGAAGUUGAUAACUAUUCUGUACGAGUAUGAAUAGAGAAAUAAGUUUUGUUUCUCGUUUGCUUUCUGCGACUUUGGCGUCCUCUUUGCAGGACGUCCAUCUGCUCUGGAUGAAGAGGCAGGCGACAGAUCGUAUUUUUUUUUUCCCCCUGCCUCGUUCUCCUAGUUUUAAGUUUUCUUUUGUUUUUUUUUUUUUCCUUCCGGUUUUAAAACGGCCCAAAAGACUUCAUAGGGGAAACAUUUUCUGUGCUGGUUUGCCUCAGAUGGUAUAUUCAAUCUUUGUUUUCAUGAAGAAAUGGUCCAAAGAAACAGCACUAUUAGCCUUUGUAUUUAAAAAAACAAACAAAAACAAAAAAAUCCACUACAAUAGUGUGAGCUUUUUUUUUUAAUAUAUAUAUAUACAUCUUCACAGUUUGUGCCCUCUGUCGGCCUGAUAAAUUGGGAAGUUUGACCCUCCCUUGUUUGUUUUUGAACUAAAAUGAUUUCCCUACCUCUUCAUCCUGGAGUGAUCCUCAUUUCUGAAAUCAGUGUUUCAUUGUGUUUUAAUUUUUUUUUUUUUACCCCCCUUCAUGCAUUUUACGUAUGAUGAGGGCAAAUCGUGGGGAGGAGGGUGGUUGUAUGAGUUGGCUCCAACUGGGGAGUCCCCCUGACAUAAAACGGCUACAAUAUUUUAGGUUUGGGAAAUGUUGAUACAAUCUAAUUUUGUGGGGGGGGGGGACAAAACUGCUUCGUAUGGCCUUAAGACACAAAGCAGGUUUGGACGUGAUUUCCACAGUGUUUCGUUUCGUCCACUACGUUUGCGUCCAAGUCUGCCGUCUUAACUGUGUGCCGUUCUGUCGGUCCACAACAGCAGGACUCCCAUGUUGAAUGAAUGAAUGAGUGAAUGUGUGAACGUCUGAGUUGUGCGUCUGAAGGCGAUGCAGGGUCUCAAGCUGGGGAAAGAGUUCAUCUGUCCAGUUUAAAGGAAGGUUUAACUUAAAAGUUGCCACUGUAUAAAAAUCAAGUCAUGGUCUCAUUCUCUGUAUCUGUUCUGUUUGUUUUUUGACUUGGAAAAAAAAUUAAUAAAAGUUUUACUAUAUUA